GGGUGCAGCAUAGAAAAUGCGGUGAAAAGUCUUUGGAGGGAGAAUCAAUUAAUGGUGUCUCGUUCCCUAAGUCAAUCAAUCAUAUCUGCAGUAAGCAAAAAGUGAUCACGGUAAAAGAAAAUGAACAAAUCCUUUUAUUUUAGAAUCUUGAUUAAACCAGAAAUUUCUACCCGUUUAAAAAGCAAUCAAUCACUUUCGCGUAAUUUAAUCGACUAAAAAUAAUUUACAUUAUUGUCGAUCAGUAGCACUGCCCUAUCAAAAUGAUAACACCGACUUCAAAGAAAAUUAUUAACAAAAUUCUACUCAUUUGUCAAAAUACCGGUGUUCUGAGGAUUCACAACAAGAAUUUUUGCUACGCUACGAAAAUGUCUGAGCCCAAAUGGAAAACUACGAAGGAGAAGGAUCUCCAUAUGUCCCUUGAAGAUAGAAGGAGGCACUACUCUGUCAAAGAUUUUCUGAAUGUAGAUAUGAUUGACCCUUGGGACAGUUACAUUAUAAGGCACAAAGGUAUUGAGUUAAAAAAGACUACUUUGGACGAUCUUACCGAGUUCAAAAAGAUAAAAAUAAACAACGCAUUGAAUAAGGCGCUGGCACAAAAAGUUUCGAUCUUCAGAGGCGAUAUCACUAAACUUGAAUUGGGUGCCAUAGUGAAUGCUGCUAACUCAAUGCUGAUUGCUGGAGGUGGUGUUGAUGGAGCUAUUCACCGUGCUGCUGGGCCCCUCCUACAGGAUGAAUGUACCAGCCUCAAUGGCUGUAAAACUGGUCAAGCUAAAAUCACUGGUGGAUAUCAGCUUCCAGCCAAAUAUGUAAUUCACACAGUUGGCCCUCAAGAUGGAUCUGAGAUAAAACUAGCAGAGUGCUACGAAAACUCUUUGAGUUACUGCAAAUCCCACAAACUGAAGUCAAUCGCUUUUCCAUGCAUUUCUACGGGUAUCUACGGUUUCCCCAACCGUUUAGCCGCUCACAUUGCUCUACGGAUUUGUAGAAAGUUUCUAGAACAACAUCAUGAACAGAUGGAGAGAAUCAUCUUCUGCACCUUCCUGCCUAUUGAUGUGGAUAUGUAUGAGACUUUGAUGCAAAUGUACUUCCCAGUACAUGAAUGGAAUUAUAAUGAUGGUGCUACAACUACAGAUUAGAUUUUUGAUGUUACCAUUUUUCUUCCAAAAAAUUAAAUGCAAUUUUCGCUGUUUAAUAUCAAAAUGUAACAGAGAUGGCCUGAAGACACAGAACAAAAAUAUUGUUGUGAAUUUAACUUUUUUUCUGAUUUCAUAAUGUGUCUCGAAAUAUGUGUGAAAGGGUCAAACCCAUUGAGUUAUUCCAGUUAGCUUUGACAAAAACUAAGACUGAAUCUAAUAAAUAUGAAAGUUGUGUUUUGAGGACGUAAAGCAUCAUUAGCCUUGAAUACCUCUAUGCUGGGCAUAGAAUUGCAUAUGUUUAUAAAUGUUUGUGAAACUAUUACUCAAAUAUAACAAAAUUGUAUUCCCGAA